AUGGACUACGUUUCAGAGAUACCACCGCCCGUGGAAGGAGAUGAGUGGCAGUCUCUAGGUGGAAAUGAAAAGUGUCCUAUACAGGGACUAACUUUGCACUAUCCAACGGAGGCGCCGCCGCUUCCCUCCUCUGUCAAGACUUCUACAUAUGUUGCCUUUGACGUGGAAGACAACGUAACGGGUGCAUCGGGGCCUAUGCCCGUCCGAAGUGUGCACGUCCUUACCCUGCAAGGACAUCCGGAGUACAACGCCUCUGUCAUGCAGGAUGUAUUAUCAUUCGUCCAUGCAUCUGGUUUGAUUAAUGAAAAGGAAUUCCAUGAUGGCCAGGUCCGCGCCAAUGAAAAGCAACAGAAUCUUGAAACCGCCAAAAUUUUACUGGGUAUGCUCGGAAUGGAACCUGCAACGGUCGACAUCGACCCGAUGGCCCAAUAA